AUUCUGACCGACACGUCGCUGCAGAAAGUGAAGAGGAACCAGAACUGUCUGGAGCCGUGCGUCCGUCAGCUGGUGUCCUGCCUCGAGUCCGACAUGACGCAGGAGGACGGUCCGGCGUCGGGCCCCUUCGUUCUGUCCAAUCCGGUCACUCCGGCGCUGCAGGCGUUCCCUCGAGUCACCAACACGUACGGAUCCUAUCAGGACGCCAACAUCCCGUUCCCUCGCACCUCAGGCGCUCGUUUCUGCGGCACAGGCUGCCUGGUUUACUUCACCCGACCAAUCACAAUGCACCGCUCGGUCCCGCCCACUGAGCCCACCCCCAG